GCCCGCGCUGGCAGUGGCUCUUCCGUCGCAGGCGGGUAGUUCUCUGUGCUGCGCUCUGUCCGGGUCCGCCCCUCACCGCUGUGCGGGGCUCGGGGCCUGAGCCGGCGGCGGCGGUUGCAACGGCCCCAUCUGCAACGGCGCUGAGGAGAGAGAGGCAUUUUAAUGGAACAGCAGAUUGAAUGAAUGCUUGCCUUCAUAUUAAGGUGAUGGAUAAAUUCCAAGUAGAAGUGACUCUGGUCUGAGUACUUAAGCAUGAAGACAUGUUUGUUUGUGGAGGAAACCGAAAGUAGCAUAGCAAAAGUUACGUAAGCUGAAUCAUGAAGUGUAUUUCCUCCUUGAUUUCUGUGUGUGGUAUUAAACUAUGUAACAUAAAAUGGAAAUGACAGAUUCCCUGUAAAUAUUUACUGAACAUAAUAAUAAUCCAGUACUUGAUCCAAAAUCCCUGCCAUACAAAACUAUUACAAGAAUGUCAGAUGGGAAGAUUAUUGCAUUUCUGCAUUUGCUUUGAAUUUUGUUUAUUGCACUUACGGGGAAGAGAUGCAUAUUAUUUUUUUUCUUUGUAAGUUAGAUGCUGUGUCAAAAUUCAUGGAAUUAUUAGACACUGUAUUUUAUAAAAUAGUGAAUACCUGGAAUAGAAAUUAAAUACUCUUUGUAAUGAUGUGACAGAUUUUGAUGUUUGUAGUGUUUCAUAUAAUAAGUGCUAUUGUCUCUGGUACAUGGUAGUUCAAGCUAUCUGAUGAGAACACUAAUCUGACACAAGUAAAAGAAGCAACUCAAAGAAGCAUCUCUUUCUGCUCAUUGAUCUCAAUGUACAGAUCUGCAUGGUGAAAUGGUUGGGCAACUUAUGUAAUUUAAAAAGAAAAAAAUUUUUUCCUGCAUUAAUUUUUAGUAGAAUUAGUGCCCUGAGAUAGGUUAUUAUUCUGCUGUGUAAAGAGCUGCUUGAACUCAGGGAGAUGAGACAGAAAUAGAGGAGGCAGAGGGAGGAAAGACUGCUCCUCUCCAUUGCAACACUAUUUUAAACUACAACUUUAGUCAUAAGAUUUAUAGUUUAAUAGUGUUUAUUUUGUUGACUUCUCUGUACAUUCUCCAAGUUAUUAAUCUGAAAAUAUUUAAAGAGCGAAUGUGGAGCAAGACCCAAAGAGAAGCUCUGGGAGGGCCUUAGUGCUUUAAUGAGGAGGCCUCAUGGGGUCCUGAGCUGUGCACUGCACAGCUGGAACCGCUGUGCUGAUCCACCCAGCUUCCUCGCGGACUGUGCCAUCUUACCUCCAGCACACAGGAGAUCUAUCAGGAACUGUUAGGCUGACCUGCCUGGUUUGUCCCAUCUGUCCUAUGGGACAAGGAAGUGAUCGCUCAUUAUCAUUAUAUGUAUCGGUGACUAAAAUGUUCUGCUGUCCAAGCUGCCCGUGUGUUUAGUCUCACACAGUCAAUUUGGUCUCAAACUGUGACGCAUGGUGUCAACUUUGGACAUGCAGUGCCUUGUGCUGGUCAUUCUUUCCUGCACUCUACCCCAUUUUUAAAAAAAAUCAUCACAGGACCAAUGCUAUGACUCAAAAUUUUCCUUUAUUCAACUUUUAUGUGUUUUCUGUAUUAAGUUUCUAGGCAUUUGUCAACUGCAUAUGUUAAUACACUUUCUUUCUGGCUGCACAGCUCACUUUAAUCAAACCUACACUGAUGCUACUGAUCAUACUAUGGCACCUAUGUACUUUUUACAACUUAAUCUUCAACUCCAUAACUAACCAAAACCAAUUCUAGCAAAUAUCCCAAAGUUUAAUGUACCAAGGAAAACGAAAUCAAGGUUGAUUUUGUUGUUAAUCAACAAACAAAUUCAGCUUGAUUAGAAUAAUGAAGUUGUGUUUCUUUUGUUCUAAUACAACUUCAUAGUAAGCUUAGGCUUAAAUUCACUGAAAUUUUUGUUCUGAAAAAGUAUUUGUUGCAGUGUGUGCUAUGAUUGUAAUAUUUCUUUUACUAAACUAAAUAAAUUAGUAUGUCUAUGCUAUGAUCUGUAGGUAUGUUUUCCUCUAGGAGACUGAAAGCUACAAUAUUUCAUUACUUUCAUUUUUUAGUACUCAUGGGUAAGAGAAAGGAAGAAAGUAUUUCAAAGCCUGGAUCCCAGAAAAGGCUGAGACAAGAAUACACAGAUGAUCACAGCGAUGAAUCUAAUGAAGAGGAAAAUUCGCAGUCAUCAGCUGAUAGUUUCUCUUCACUGUCGACUGAAGGGGAAGUUGGGAUAAUUGAAAGUAUCCAGCUGAAGAACUUCAUGUGCCAUUCAAUGUUGGGGCCUUUUCAGUUUGGAUCAAAUCUCAAUUUUGUUGUUGGAAACAAUGGAAGUGGAAAAAGUUCUGUAUUAACUGCUCUUAUUGUUGGACUUGGUGGAAAAGCCACUGCAACUAACAGAGGUUCCUCAUUAAAAAUGUUUGUUCGAGAUGGGGAGACUUCUGCAGAUAUUUCCAUAACCUUGCGAAACCAAGGUAGAGAUGCAUUUAAACCAGAAGCGUAUGGUAGCUCUAUUAUUGUGAAUCAGCACAUUAAUCUGGAUGGAAGCAGAAGUUACAGACUGAAAAGCAAAUCUGGGACCUUAAUUUCAUCAAAGAAAGAGGAACUCAUAGGAAUACUGGAUCACUUUAAUAUACAGGUAGAUAAUCCUGUGUCUGUUUUAACCCAAGAAAUGAGUAAGCAUUUUUUACAGUCUAAAAAUGAAGGUGACAAAUACAAGUUUUUUAUGAAGGCAACUCAGUUGGAACAAAUGAAAGAAGAUUAUUCAUCUAUUAUGAAAACUAAAGAAAAUACAUGUAUUCAGAUAGAACAAGGUGUAGAGCGUCUUCAAGAACUUAAGCAGCUUUAUUGUGAAAAAAAGGAACAUUACAAAAGCAUUGGGUUUGUGAAUGAUAUGCGAAAUCAUCUUGAAGAUUUAAAACAUAAAAUGGCAUGGGCAGUGGUGGGUGAGAUGGAAAAAGAAAUUCAGCCAAUCAGAGAAUUCAUCACAGCUGAAGAAGGAAAUACGGAGAAGUUUGUUCAGAAGCUAGAAGAAUGCCAAGUAAAAGUGAACGAAGCAGAAGAAAAGUAUAACGCAAUACAAGACAAGUUAAUAAGGAUAAAUGAAGAAGCACAAGCCCUGCAUCCUCAGUGUACUUCUUUGAAGGCUGAUGUGCAGGCAAGAAGAAAAGCAGUCAAUGAAACUGAGGUAGUUUAUAAUCGUUUCAAAACUGAGUUGAAACGUCUGGAAAAAGAUGAUGAACAGUUACGUAAACGAAUUGCAGAACUGAAAAGCAGUGCUAAUCACAUUUCAGAGCCUAAAAAAUUGGAAAGACAAAGGAAAAUCACACGCUUAAGGGAACAGUUAAAGGCAUUCCAUGAUGAAGAAAUAAUGAUUGGUCAACAGAUGGAUCAGUUUCAGCAGGCUAUAUAUAAGUGUAAGGAAGAACAUGCUAGACUUAUGAAAGGCGGCUGUGAUUUGAAACAAGCACUGGAUGCCAAGCAGAAACAGCUGAGAGAGUUGAAAGAUAGUAAAACAAAUACCUUUAGAAGAUUUGGACCACAUAUACCAGCAUUUCUUGAAGAAGUUGAAAGAGCCUAUAAGCAAGGGCGCUUUAAACACAAACCUAUUGGACCUUUAGGUGCUUUCAUUCAUCCAAAAGAUGCUGAACUGACCUUGGCUGUUGAAUCUUGUUUAAAGAGCCUAGUUCAGGCAUUUUGCUGUGACAAUCACAGUGAUGAAAAAACUCUUCAGCAACUGAUGUCAAAAUAUUAUCCACGUGAUUUUAGACCUCAAAUAAUUGUAAAUAAAUUUCAGAGUAAAGUUUAUGAUGUUAGGCACAGAGGAGUCCAUCAUCCAGAAUUCCCAUCAGUUCUCACAGCACUGGAAAUAGAUCAUGCAGUGGUUGCCAAUUGUUUGAUCGAUGUGAGGGGUAUAGAAACAAUCCUGCUGAUUAAAAGUAGCCGUAAAGCUCGUGAAGUAAUGCAGCUUAAUCGGCCCCCAAAAAACUGUAGAGAAGCUUUCACUGCUGAAGGUGAUCAAGUGUUUGAAAGACGGUAUUACUCUUCUGCUUACAUCAGACCUAAGUUCCUAAGCAAAGAUGUUGAAACAGAAAUAAGUCACGUGGAGAAAGAGAUUGAAAGCAAAAAGGCGCAUUUGACUGCAUCUCAGCAACAUUUAUAUUCCAUUCAAAAUGAGAUUAGGCAGAAUGAAGAUCAUCUGCAAGGUCAUCGACAACACCAAAAAAAACUACAGAUAAAAGUACGAACAACAAAUGCAGAAAUAGCAGAUCUUGAAAAUAUGGAAGAACACCAGUCAGUGGACAUCCGUACAUUAGAAGAUGAAGCUAAAGAAAAUAAGAGUAAGAUGGAAUCUGUAAAAAAAGACAUGCAGCAACACAGCAGAAAAAUGGAAGAACUGAAAAAUAUUCUCCAGGUAGCUGAAAAAAACUUUGAAGAAAUGAAAGAACAAAUUAAUCAAGUAGAAGAAAUUGCUGGUCCAAUUAAGGAGGAAUUAAACCAAGCUGAUGCAGAAGUGGAGACUAGUAAACGCCAUUUGCAGCACUAUGAAGACAAACAGAAGGAACACUUGGCUUGCAUAAAAAGAUAUAAAGAAUUACUAGCUGUCAAAGAGAAAGAAUUAGAGGAAAAAAUGGCACAAGCUAGGCAAAUCUACUCAGAGCGCCUAGAGGUCAGCAGAACUGUUAAGAGCCUUGAUGCAGAAAUGAAUCGCUUGAGAGAGAGGAUAAAUACAGAAAAUAAUCGCCAUGGAAACAGAGAAGAAAUAGUACAGCAAUUUCAUGAUGCAAAGGAAAGAUAUGAGGAUGCAAACAGUAAAGUAAAGAAUUUAAAGAAAUUUAUUAGGCUGCUGGAAGAAAUAAUGACACAGAGAUUUAAAAUAUAUCGGCGAUUCUUAAGGCUCCUUUCUUUACGAUGCAAACUCUACUUUGACCAUUUAUUACGUAUUCGAGCUUGCUCUGGAAAAAUACUUUUUGAUCACAAGAAUGAGACACUUUCAAUAACAGUUCAGCCUCGAGAGAAAGACAAAGGUACCCUUAAUGACGUGCGAUCCUUAUCAGGAGGUGAACGUUCCUUCUCAACAGUUUGUUUCAUUCUUUCUCUGUGGUCCAUUACUGAAUCUCCUUUCAGAUGCUUGGAUGAGUUUGAUGUCUACAUGGACAUGGUUAACAGAAGAAUUGCAAUGGAUAUGAUACUUAAGGUGGCUGGCUCACAGCGCCAUCGACAGUUCAUUUUGCUCACCCCACAAAGCAUGAGUUCUCUGCCUACGAGUUCCCGUAUUCGAAUCCUCCGAAUGCAAGAUCCUGAAAGAGGCCAAAGAACAUUGAAUUUCAAAAAUAGGAAUGACAAAGAGGAAGAUCAAUAAGUAUUUCGCUGAACUUGAAUUUGUUGGGAGCUCUUCAAAACCAAUCACUUUUUAGAGUUUAGCCAUCAGAAAUACUUUUUGAUUUUUGACAUUAUGGGGAUACAAAAACCACUGAGACUAUUCAGAGAACAGUUCUGCACUUUCUACAGUUAUUUCCUAAACAGCAAUUCCUCAAUAAAACCUCAUUGCAAUGUAAUUUUGAACUUGACUUAGUAGCCGAUUUUGUUUUCAGCUGCUGCAUGGUAUCUUGUGGUCUUUAAUGUUUUUUAGUUUUUUCACAAGCAUAUAUUAAAGCUCUGUCUUUGGAUGGAAGCUAGAUAAGAAUGGAAGGAAAUACCCCAGCCAAAACCAGCCUAACUGAGAAAGUUAACUGCAGUUCCAGUGUGUUCAAACUGUAGGAAUUAAUUCUAGUGACCUUUUAAAAGCUUCAGAUGUUUACUUCUGAAAGCCGAAGGUGAUGGGUCGAGAGAUUCAUCACAGCCUGGAGGAGGCUACUGAAAAAGCAAGGUCAGGCUUUUUGUGGAGGUGUGUGGCAGAAGAGGCACAGGCAGCAGUCAUAAAUUCAAGUGGGGAGGGAGGUUCUGGCUGGAUAAACCAGGGGUAGGGAUUGUUCCUGAUGAAGAUAUGAGGCAUUUGAGCAUGUCGUCCUGGUAUGCUGUAGAAUCUCCAUCCUUGGAGGCUUUUAAGAUCUAAAUAGACUGUUGCACCUCCUUCAAGCAGGGAGCUGGACGGGAGACCUUUAGAAGUCCCUACCAAACUCAACAAUUCCAGAAUCAUGUGAUUUGAUGGAAUAUUUAUUAAAGAUACUUAAAACUUUAGGAUUAUGUGAAAACACUUGGGGGAGGGGGUGGGGUGUGCUGGUGCUGGGACACGUCACCAUACAAUGUGCGUAUUUGGCAAAACUUGUCUGGAACACAAGCCCGGAUUGUUUGUACGGGGAGUCCUCGAUACUAUUACAUGAUCAUGAGCCGCAUGUUUAGUUUGGCUCAAUUUUAUGAUGAAACUAGAAUAUGUUUCAGACCCUUUUACAAAAUGAAAUGAUAGAAUGGUAUAGCAUUAUUUCCUCCUGAUAUUCUUCAGCAUCCAAAAAAUAAAACAAGAGUGCAGGGGAGAGAAAAGUAUUUAUCUUCAUUAGUAUGUUUAUAAUGAGUUAUGUGGAGAAGAGGUUAAGGAAAAUUAAUUACUUCAUUAUUUCUGAGCUCACACUUCAGCCUUCUCCCAUGUUUUCUGUAGACUUACUUGAAAUAUUGAAGCAGUUGGCAACAAUUCUGGUCUUUGGUUCAAAGCAAUAAAUUGUAUUUAUUCUAAUCUACCACUGUACUUGAUGAAAAUAUGUGCCUGACUGUGUAAUUAUAAGCAACUGUUUUCAUGGCACAGGAUUAGUUCUGAAUAAACGAUUGCUGAAGCGCUUGCUUAGAUGCAUGUAUUUUUGCAGUGAUCCUACUAUGAUCUCAGAACUAUCUUAUUCUUGGUACUUUAAAUACAGAUUUUACUAUACCAGCUACCUAGAGGGAGGAUCACAGUGCUGAUGUUACAUUUUGUGACUCUGAGUUGUUGGCCAUUUUGGAUUAAUGCAUUGCUUAAUGCUGCAUUAAAGUAAAUGGAGCUUGUCCAGUUACACUAAUUCGAGGUACAGGGAAAUAUAUAAUGAGGUACUGCUGCUCUAAUAAGUAUAUGUAAAGUGGAGAGGCAUAAAUUCCCAGGAAUAUUUAACAUCCUCUUUACAACUACUAGUUUACUUUUAAGUGGAAACAAUGGGCAUAUCAUUCUCAGAAGUAUGUAAUAGUUUCAGACUGUGGUUUUAAGUUACAGUACCACUCUUCCAUUUGCUAAGACUAUUACCUGUGUAGUCUAAGUGAAAUUCUGGUAUUAAAAAUGUACUUGAAA